UAACGGGACUCUAGUUAAGCUUCGAAACAGUCUGCAAAUAGCUCCUGAACGUGUUUUGCGUUGUGUACGUUGUAUCUCAGACAGAUUUGCGCGGAUUAUUUAUAUCUGUGCGGAAAUAAAAAGAUCCGAGCAAUGGAGACAAUCCUGGAACAGCAGAGACGUUACCAUGAAGAGCGGGAACGUCUUAUGGACGCGAUGGUCAAGGAGAUGUUGUACAAAAAGCCAGGACACCGCGAGACAAUCAACUCGGAACACCGGCUGAAAAUGCUCAGCGAUCAGUACAUGGAGAGUACCACACAUCUGGAAGAAAUGUACGAGGAUAAAGAUGGUCAAAGAAAGGAAGAGGUACAAGCGUUGUCUGGACCUAAUGAGUUUUCAGAGUUCUACAACAGACUGAAAUCCAUCAAAGAGUUUUACCGUAGACAUCCAAAUGAGGUUAGCGUUCCUAUGUCUGUUGAGUUCGAGGAGCUUGCUAGGAUGAGAGAAAAUCCUACCGAGGAGAAUGCUAAUUUGGUAGAUUUCACCGAUGAAGAAGGAUAUGGAAAGUAUUUGGACUUGCACGAGUGUUAUGAGAAAUAUAUUAAUUUAAAGGGAAUUGAGAAAGCUGACUACAUCACAUACCUGUCAACCUUUGAUCAUUUGUUUGAUAUUCCAAAAGACAGAAAGAAUGCAGAGUACAGAAGGUACGUUGAGUCUCUGCUAGAGUACUUGAUGGAGUUUUUAGGUAGGGUCAAACCAUUGUUAGAUAUCAACAAUGAACUUGCAGAGGCUAAUAAAGACUUUGAAGCACAGUGGGAAAAUAAUAGCUUUCCAGGAUGGCCCAAAGAAGCCGGCAGUGCUUUGGCUAAUGUCGGUGCUCAUUUAGAGUUGUCUGCUUUUUCUUCUUGGGAAGAAUUAGCAUCUCUUGGCUUGGAUAGGUUGAAAAGUGCUUUAAUGGCUCUUGGACUGAAGUGUGGUGGUACUUUAGAGGAAAGAGCUCAAAGACUAUUCAGUACUAAGGGUGAAUCAUCACUCGAUCCUAAUUUACUUGCUAAGAAACAGAGGAAACUUGGCAAAGGCAAAAAUGUAGAAAAACAAAAAGAAAUAGCAUGUCUGGAAGCCCAGGUUUAUAAGCUUGCUGAGCUGGUGAGUAGCCAAAGGAAUGCUACCAAAGAAAAUGUUCAGAGGAAACAGGCUAGAACUGAAGGUGAGCGAGGAGACUCUGAUGUUGAAGCUAGUGCAAGUGAAUCUGAGGAAGAAGAUGACAAUGAUGUUCCUUAUAAUCCCAAGAAUUUACCUCUCGGUUGGGAUGGAAAGCCUAUUCCUUACUGGUUGUACAAGCUGCAUGGACUUAACAUCAGUUAUAAUUGUGAAAUAUGUGGUAACUUUACCUACAAAGGUCCUAAAGCUUUUCAACGUCAUUUUGCGGAGUGGAGGCAUGCUCAUGGCAUGAGGUGUUUGGGCAUUCCAAAUACUGCCCAUUUUGCAAAUGUAACACAGAUUGAAGAUGCUCUAGCACUGUGGGAAAAAUUAAAAACACAAAAGCAAGCUGAAAGAUGGCAGCCAGAACAAGAAGAAGAAUUUGAAGAUUCUCUAGGAAAUGUUGUUAAUAGAAAGACUUACGAAGAUUUGAAAAGACAAGGAUUGUUAUAAACAAGCUUGACAAUAUUGGAAUUUUUAAUGCUUUAUUCUACGACAUUUUAUUAACUUUUCAACAUUUUCUGCUAUCUGUAAUGCGAGUUGUAUAGAUAUAUAAUUAUUGAUGGUACAUUAAAAAGUAUUUAUUUAAGUCAACCAAUGUUUUUUUUAAGUAAACAUUUAUUGAUUGAUAUUUUUAAAUUCAUUAUCUUUCUUAAAAUAUUAGAAUAUCAAAAACAUGAUAAUAGUAAAACAGAAAUAUUUACAAUCUGUACAAAAAAUAUUCAUUGCUCUAAAAUCAGUUAAAUAAUUUUGAUCAU